AUGGACAGCUCCAAAGAGGGUGCUACAGAGCGCAUCAACGAAAGGCUCGCAGAGAAGAUCCCGCCGCCUAUCCCAGAGUCAUCAGUGUUGCCAACGAAUCCAACGGUUGAUACGGAAUCCGCGGUUCGCAACGGAGCCUCCAAUCCAGCACUUGCGUCUGCCGGCCAGGCAGAAGACGGACUCACCUAUUCCCAAGUCGGCCCGCGAACUCUACCAGCCUGGAUACAUUCAGUUGAGGAGACCGAGGAGGAUGGCCAUGAAGCUACAGCAACCGACCGCUUACUCCCUUCCCAACCCGACGACGCAUUUGUCGCCCAGCACAAUCACUCGCCUUACGCGUCAUCCAAGCCCCAAUCUACUCGCUCAACCACUAAUGGUCUAUUUGAGGAUUCCUCACCACCUCUCAAUCGCGAAUCGCGUUGGGUCACAUUCUCACGAACCAUCCAAUAUCCGCGAGAACCCGGUAGAGAGGAACAGCAUGUUACGUCGGACUGGCUGAACGAGAACCAUGGCGAUUACUUGCAACCAUGGCGAGGAAAGCACUUGGAGGGCGAUAGUCCGGAGUAUCCGUUACACAGUGGAGGCCGAAGGGAGAUUUGGACCAAGCGCUUCAUGAACACGCUUUUGCGCAGCCCAAUAGUACCAAUGAUUCUUCGAAUGACCGUUUGGAGCUUCUCGCUCUCUGCGCUGGCAUUGGGAGGAUCGAUUCAGCACAUGGCUAUUGAAGGGCAGCACCCCCAGGGCCCAUCUGCGCUGAUGGCAAUUAUCGUUGAUGCCGUUGCCCUGGUUUACUUGGUCUAUAUCACAUGGGAUGAAUACACGUCAAAGCCAUUGGGUCUGCGCUCCCCAUCGGCUAAAGCGCGUCUCAUACUCCUUGACAUCUUUUUCAUCGUGUUCGAUUCUGCCAAUCUGAGUUUGGCAUUUGCUUCGCUUUCCGAGGUGACAGGAUCUUGCACUGAGGCGGAGGUCAAUCAAGCGAUCGACCCUCGAAAUGAUGGGAUUUGUGUGAGGCAAAAGGCACUUGCCUCUGUACUACUUGUCGCUCUCUUGGCUUGGCUUAUGACUUUUUCGAUCAGUGUCCUCAGACUCGUCGAAAGAGUGACACAGUGA